GUUCUUCUUCUCCACACACACACACAUGCACAUCGAAAACCAUAUCAACAAUCCCAAUUAUGGAUGGGGAUCCGGAUAAAAUGCGGAGAACUUUUUAUAUUUCUCUCGAUCACAACGAAUUGUGGAUGAGAGUCAAAAAGGUUUCGGCUCAGGGUUGCAUGUGCAUGUGAUACUCGUGGAGUGUUGGCGUAAAAAGGAAUCAAAGCUUUUUUUUUUUUUUGUUUCUUUUACCUGGCGCGCUAUACUCACCUCCUGACUGCCAUUGUGUCUGGGAUGUUUUUCAAGAGGGUGCGGAGCUACUCAAGAGAAUGGAGGACGAUCAGCCCAGGCUUCGCCAGUAUGACCAUUGGUGCAGACGCGUCGACGAGCUGAUGGUCACCGAGGCCUGGAAGAAACAAAAGGAGAUUGCUGCCCGUGAGGGUGUCGUCGCCAUUGCCUACGAGCGCAAGUAUGGACAGUACUCACGCAUCUACCAGAUGGCCAAGCUGAUGCUCUGGUCAGCCGGUGCUGGUCUUUACAGCUGUCCCAUUGCUAUGACGGAUGGAUGUGCUCGCGUGAUUGAACUCAUCGGAACGCAGGAUAUGAAGGAUCAGGUCUACUCCAGACUCACCAGGUAUAGCAUCGGACGCAAAUUAAUACUCUGCGAACAGCGUCUGAAUAUAACUCCAUGCGUACCUCCCUCCCGCCCCCAUGCUAAACCUGAUUACUUUGUGCACCCUAGCCGCGACCCUUCUGACUUUUAUACCAGUGGCCAAUGGAUGACGGAGCGUCCAGGCGGAAGCGAUGUUGGCCGCACGGAGACACAGGCUGUUUGGGACGAGGAGAAGAAGGCAUGGUCGAUUUCUGGAUUCAAAUGGUUCUCCUCCGCCACGGACGCGGACGUGACUAUGCUUCUUGCCAGAACACACAACCCCGAUCCCGUGGUCGCUCCCGGUAACAUGAAGGACGGCAGCAGGGGCCUGUCGCUCUAUUUGGCAAAGGUCCGUGAUGAUCAGGGCAAGUUGAAUGGCGUUCGCAUCCAUCGCUUGAAGGACAAGGUUGGAACUAAGGCCCUGCCGACGGCUGAGCUCCAGCUGGAAGGAAUGAUUGCUCAACAAGUCGGUGAAAGCUACCGUGGUGUGAAGAACAUCUCGGCUAUAUUGAACAUCACCCGCAUUUACUGCGGUAUGAACUGCACUUCUACCAUGCAGCACUUGCUGCUGCAAGCCAAGGAGUAUGCGCGCCGUCGCGAGGUCUUCGGAGAACUUUUGAAGGACCAGCCUCUGCAUCUUGCUACGUUGGCCAACAUGGAGCUGCAAUAUCGCGCUACCAGCCAGUUUACGUUCUACUGCGUGGCCAUGCUCGGCCGCAUCGAGACGUUGGACAAUAACUUGUCAGAGAUCUGCAACCGUGACAUCCCACUCCUCCGUCUCCUGACACCUAUCCUGAAGGUCUGGAGUGCCAAGAAUGCCUUCUAUCUUUCUCAAGAGGCGAUGGAGAGCUUUGGCGGGCAGGGAUACAUGGAGGAAACUGGAAUUGGCCGUGCCAUGAGGGAUGUCUUGGUGAACACGAUCUGGGAAGGCACCUCCAACGUCCUGUCGCUGGAUGUGCUCCGCGUUAUGGCCGAGACUGGAGGAAGUGUUCUCCAGGUGUACUCUGAUGCUGUCCGUGGUAUCAUGGCACCUUUGAGGUCCCAGCCUCAGUGGGUCAAGUCCGCCAAGAGUCUGGAAGAGUGCCUGGUCCUGAUUGCGAUCCGGUUCACGUCCUAUUCGACGCCCGAGGGUCGCAAGACGCUGGAGGCAUCUGCGCGAGGUCUGUCGUUCGCGAUGGCGGAUGUGAUUGCAGGUGCGCUGAUGUGCGAGCAUGCCGCCUGGUCCGAGGCCAAGGCCAAGGCUAAUCCGUCGGAUAGUCUUGCGGCGGCGGAGUCCAAUGUGGACAGGAUCUCUGCGCAGAGAUGGUGCGAGGAGCUGUACCGUCGUGUUGACUGCCAGAUCCAAUCCCUGGGUCGGGACGAGAGGUACGAGCAGGACCAGCAGAUGCUGUUUGCGCUUGCAGAUGCACGCAGAGGCGCUUCCGCCAAGACGGAUGGAUCCUCUGGACAGUCGUAUGGCGUCGCAUCCAAGCUCUGAAAAAAAAAAGGGAGCCAGAUAGACUGAGGGUGAUAUGC